CUUUAGUUCCGGUUGCUAUUCCGUACCUGUCUGUUUAGUGAAGCCGCCAUGCGCUCCUUGGCAGGUUUGUUCGUGGUGUUUGGCUGCGCUACUUUCUACCUGUACGUCCUAAGCACCAACCUGCGACCCGGCAGAGGGCAAGAAGUGGAGAGGUCCCUGGUGUUUCCUUCAGAUUUGGAUGAAUUACAAGAGCUGGCUGACUUCUUGCUGGACUACAAGAGAGAACAUCAAACAUAUGUGAUGCUUUUGUUCUGUAGUGCAUACCUCUACAAGCAAAGCUUUGCCAUUCCAGGCUCCAGCUUCCUAAACCUGUUGGGUGGAGCGCUGUUUGGGCCGUGGCUUGGCCUGUUCCUUUGCUGUUUACUAACCUCCCUAGGAGCCACAUUCUGUUAUCUUCUCUCUCGUGCAUUUGGCAAACAGAUCGUUGUGCUCUACUUCCCUGAAAAAGUCUCCUUGCUGCAAUCAAAGGUUGAAGAAAACCGCAGCAGCCUGUUUUUCUUCCUUCUCUUCCUGCGCUUGUUUCCCAUGACACCCAACUGGUUUCUGAACUUGACGUCUCCAAUACUGAACAUCCCAGUGGGGCAGUUCUUUAUGUCUGUCCUUAUAGGUCUCCUGCCUUACAACUUCAUCUGCGUCCAGACAGGCUCCAUUCUCUCAAAGGUCAAGUCUCUAGAUGAUAUGUUCUCCUGGGGAACAUUGCUGAAAUUGCUGGCAAUUGCACUGGCUGCGCUAAUCCCAGGCACCAUCGUAAAGAGGCUCACACAUCAGAGUAUGGGACUGGAAAAAAACGAUAACCUGCUGAACGGGAAGAAGUCCACAUGAGGGCUCCUAUGUACCCUUUCUUUAAAUGCCUUUAACAGGUCUUUAAUCAAGUGAACACAUAUUUUAAUGUGCAAA